AUGACGAUCUGUACUUAUAACGCACGUACGCUUACAUCGGAAGCGGCCAUCGAAGAUCUGAUGAUGCAAGCCAAGAAGAUCAAGUACGAUGUCAUCGGACUGACCGAGACGAGACGACGUCACCCUCUCAACGCCGUAUAUGAAACUGGAGAAGAACUGUUUUUAGGAACAUGCGAGAGUAGAGGUGUUGGUGGAGUUGACGUCCUCGUCAACACGAGUGUGGCAAAGAACAUCGACUCUUUCGAACAAUUUACGACCCGAAUCGGACGUCUGCAGAUGAGAAGAUGUGGUCCAACACCAGCUUUGACUAUCUUCGUCGCUUACGCUCCAACAUCAAGCUGCGAAGAAGAAGAAGUCGAAGCUUUCUAUAUGGACCUGGAGAAGUUCUACCGAGAAGAUCAUGCCUUCUACAAGGUCAUGAUUAGCGAUUUUAACGCCAAAGCUGGCCCAAGAAGAACGCCUUAG